AAGAGAGCCGCGGGGAGGGACUAGCAGUUCGCGAGCUCUGCCUGUACAGAAAACGCUGCAUUGUGAGAUACUAAACUCAACGCAGAGGACCCGAAACACUUUAACCGCUGUCUUGAUAGCCUACAAACUAAAGAGGAAUGCACUAGUUCCACUCUGACAGGAAGACUUUGUUAAAAUCAUUUUUUACUUUCACAUUUUUGGAGGACGAAGAACAAUUUAAGUACGGCUCGAGAGUAGUCUGCUUAAACGGUUUGAAAUCUCCCACUGUGAGUCCCCUCUAGCGCCCCUCCUGAUUUCAGGAUGCUCCUGAUCCUCCUCACCCCAGCCUUGUUUGCACUGAGUGUGUUUGCUGCUCUGGAUGUCCAGGUGCCUGAGGACCCUGUUGUGGCCCGGUUUGGGAGUGACGUCACCCUCAACUGCUCCUUCUCCAGUGGCUCUGCCUUCAACCUGUCGGACCUCAGCAUUUUCUGGCAUCUGACAGAUACCAAGCGGCCGGUGCACAGCUUCUCCUCGGGGCAGGACCAGGACCAGGGGGGCAGUUACAGCAACCGCACCCAGCUGUACCCGGGGGAGCUGCGGUCUGGCAACGCCUCCCUCUUACUGCGCAGGGUCCAGAUCCAGGACGAGGGCAGCUUCACUUGCUUCGUGAGAAUCCGCGAAUACAACAGCGCCGCCCUGCUGCUGCAAGUGGCAGCCUCCUACUCCAAGCCACAGCUGACCCUGGAGCCAGACUCGAACCUGCGGCCGGGGGAUGAGGUGUCGGUGAGCUGCCUGGCAUACGGGGGAUACCCGCAGGCCUCUGUGCUGUGGCAGGAUGGGAAGGGCGCUAACCUGACGGAAAACGUGACCACCUCGCAGGUCGCCAGCGAUGAGGGGCUGUUCAAUGUGUGGAGCGUGCUGCGGGUCAUGCUGGAGCCUAACAGUACUUACAGUUGCAUAGUGAGGAACCCGGUGCUGGGAGAAGAGACCCACGCGUCGGUCACCAUCACAGGUCAGCAUAUGUCUUUCCCCCCGCUGGCUCUCUGGGUGACGGUUGGACUGGCUGUGUGCCUCCUGGGACUGCUGGUCGCCCUGGCGUACAUCUGCCGCCACAAGAUCCGUGAGAGCUGCAAAGAGGGAGCCACGGUUGAACAGGGGCAGGAAACUGAAGACGAAGAAUCGAAAACAGCAAUGCAGCCACUGAAAGCAUAAGAACAUUAAGGUGAAAGCGAAAACAUUGAUGGCAGCAAGAUAAAAUGGCUCCCAUUGUGCGCACCUCCUAUCAGACACGACCACAUGCAACUCUUUCUGCUCAAGCAUACGCCGCACACCUGGCUUUGCUAGAGGACAUUUUUAAAUUACAAAUUAUGAAAAGAAAAGAAAAAAAAAACAUUUAGGCCUUAUUUGAUGUAUCCCAUAAAGCUGGAAGACCUACUGUCCAGGAUGCCCUGUAGUGAAGAGAAGAGAAGUUUUCACUCAUUCUGUCCUCUAAUGAAUUUGAAACCAAUUGCAAAACUUUGAAGGGAUUCCAGAAGAUCCCCAUUUCCUUCGUGUUUGUUAUUGUGUUUGUAUUUUUCAAACUCUGCAUUGUUUUUGUUUUUUUUCUUGUCUACUCUCCUUUUUGACGUGUAUGGUUAUUAUAUUGUACUGACUGCUUAUGAGAUCUAAACAAAAGGGAUUACAUUCGUGAGAGAGAGCCCUGGAAUCUGGGAGGGAGAGUUGCCAUGUGACAUGCGCCCCAUUGCAUAACUUCCACUAUGGGUGCUGGUGUACAUCCAUAAUUUAUAUAACAUUGCAUGAACUGUCAUCUGGGCUGUGUAACAGGCAGCUCUUAAUGCAAUACCAGUUCAGCCAUGUCCAACACAGACAACAUGCUGACGUUUGAAUGCCUGUACAAAUGAUGGAAAACAGCGCCCCCUAUGGGCAACUGUACGUACCACAAUUAUUGUGAAGUGACCUUUUUACUGAUGAGGCCUUAAAGCCUUUGUAUUUGCAAAUUCUGUUUCCAAUAUACUACAAUAGCUAUUAUGAUUUAUGAAUAACUCCCCUAAAAUGUCUGUUUUGACUUUAUUUAAAUUCCGCUUCAGCAUAGCAUGUGAUUAUAAAUACUGUCAAACAACUGAAGCCUGUUUUGUAUUACAUUUCAUAUCCAUACUGCAGACUGAAAAUACAUAGAGCUGUUUACAAAGCACUCGGAGGUAAACAAAAGCCUAAAAGUGCUUGCUUGAUUGGUGGCUUACUGAACUUCUCCCAGUACAUACAGAACACAAAACGUGAAGGACUGCUGUGUUAAGACAUUGUUUUUAAUGCCCAUUGUUUCAGAGAGGGUUAGAAGGGUAUUCUGUUUUUAAAGCCCAUUGUUUCAGAUGGUUACAAGUGUAUUCUGUUUUUGAUGCACUGUUUAAUCUAAAAUAAUGUUUAUAAUUCUCUUAAAAAAAAAACUGUCCUUUUAAAUAAAAUAAAAAAUCUGCA